AGGGAUGCUUCCCGGAUAUCAUCAACGUUCACGCGCAUCAGCGCAAAAAACAGGAGCUAACAACAUGGCGGACGUACUAGAUCUUCAUGAAGCGGGAGGCGAGGACUUUGCUAUGGAUGAGGAUGGUGAUGACAGCAUCCACAAGUUAAAAGAGAAGGCAAAGAGGAGAAAGGGACGAGGUUUUGGUUCAGAGGAGGGAGCGAGGUCCAGAGUGAGAGAGGACUAUGAUACAGUGGAGCAGGAUGGAGACGAGCCAGGUCCUCAGAGAUCUGUGGAGGGUUGGAUCCUUUUCGUGACUGGGGUACAUGAAGAGGCAACUGAGGAGGACAUCCACGACAAGUUUGCAGAGUUUGGAGAGAUCAAGAACCUACAUCUGAACCUGGACCGAAGAACAGGUUACCUCAAGGGUUAUGCGCUGGUGGAGUAUGAGACAUACAAAGAAGCCCAGGCAGCCAUGGAAGGGUUGAAUGGCCAGGACAUGAUGGGCCAGCCUAUCAGUGUGGACUGGGGCUUUGUCAGAGGACCACCCAAGAGCAAGAGGAGGAGUGGUGGACGGAGACGCAGCAGGAGUCCAGACAGGAGACGACGUUGAUUCCCCACAUCUGCUCUUUUUAUUUUAUUACAUUUGCGUUCUGUAAUAGCGUUAACGUUACUGAUGUCUAUUGUAAUUAACUGUUUAAUUGCAAAUGGCCCUGACAAGUGUGCUUUAGAGCCAAAAUUAUUAGUUGUUCCAGCAAAAUGACAGGGUUGGCAAAAUUCUUUUUUACUGAAACAAGCACCAAAUACACUGAUCAGCGAAACUUUUUUUGCAUCAACAACAAACUGUUUUAGUGGUAUGUGUUUUCAUAUGGAUCCCUCUAUUCUGUUUCAUGGUUUAAUUUGGUUAUGUUCUGGGCCAUGUUUCCCAAAAGCAUAUUAAGGCUAAGUUCAUUGUUAGAACCAUCGGAUCCAUGGUUUUCACGAUGAACUUAGCCUUAAGAUGCUUUUGGAAAUCUGGGCAUUUGUGUGGCCUUUUUUUAUGUAUUACAUGGGAAUAAAACAUUUUUAAGUGAA